AUGGCGGUCCCUGUGCCAGAGAUUAUCGUUGGAGAAACUGCAGUGUUUUGUCUACAGUUAGCUACAAAGGAUUUUGAAAACCAAGAAAAAACAAUAUUAACUGGAGACUGUUGUUAUAUAAAUCCACUGGUGCGCAGAACCAUCAGAUUCCUCGGAAUUUAUGCAUUUGGACUGUUUGCCACGGACAUCUUUGUAAAUGCUGGACAAGUAGUAACAGGGAAUCUUGCACCACAUUUUCUUGCACUUUGUAAACCCAACUAUACAGCACUUGGAUGUAAACAGUAUACACAAUUCAUCAGUAGCGUACAUGCGUGUACUGGAAAUCCAGACCUUAUCAUGAAAGCAAGAAAGACAUUCCCAUCCAAAGAAGCAGCACUAAGCGUAUAUGCAGCUAUGUAUCUGGCUAUGUAUAUCACCAACACAGUAAAAGCCAGAGGAACAAGGCUUGCAAAACCUGUUCUGUGUUUGGGCUUAAUGUGCUUGGCUUUCCUUACUGGAAUCAACAGAGUAGCAGAGUAUCGAAAUCACUGGUCAGAUGUAAUAGCAGGAUUUAUAAUCGGAAUAUCUAUAGCAGUAUUUUUGGUUGUUUGUGUGGUAAAUAACUUCAGAGGACGUCAGCCAGAACAUGAACAUUCUCAUAUGGAUAAUCUGGCCCAGAUGCCUAGGAUCAGCAUACCCCGAGUAGAAAGCCCUUUAGAAAAGAACCACAUCACGGCCUUUGCAGAAGUCACAUGAUGUUGAUGCUGAUGUAUAUUCACUCCAUUGGACUUCAUCUCUUUUCACAGCCCACACACGAUAAUUGCAGUGUAUCAAAAAUAAGAAAUUUUUAGAAGUCCUAUAUCUGACUUGAUUUUUACAUCAUUAAAACAAUACCAACAUUUUGAAGAAUUCUUAAAUGUUAGAAUGUCACUUUACUUUUUAGCAAAAAUAACUGUUUACUUUUUGAUGGAGUGGGACAAACUGGGCACUUAUUAUAUAUAUCUGACAAUACCCUCUAUUUCGGCUUCUCAUUGUUUUUAAUGGUUCAUGUACCUAUUCCAUCAGUACUUCAUAUUUUGACUUGACUUUGAUUUUUAAAAUCUACAUUUUUAAUUCAGCAUGAACUUGUUUCCAUUUGAGGCGAUUUCAGUGCAGAAAAACUACAAAAAUAUUACGUUUGGUAUGAAAAUGCUGUUUGCACAUUGUAUUAUGCUGUAUUCCAUGUAAGAUAUCAUUCAGACAGUAUGUUAUAUGUAAGACUGGUGCUUCUGCUUUUGAAGAGAAAAAAAUGCCAAUUUUUACUGUAAUAAGUAUUGUAUCAUAAUUAAAAGUUUAUUUAUUUGGAUAUUUUCCUGACAUAAUUGUAGUUGAAUUGUUGUUUUGUAGUUCCUGAAUGUCUUAGAUGAUAUAUAUGUAUCUAGGUUAAAAGAAAUUAAUAUAAUGUAGACAGUUUGAUCAUUGAUAUAUUCUUUAUUACUAACAAUGUCCCAUGAAAGGUUAAGGGCUCCAUUCUUAGCUCAGCAUAUCUGAGGGAACCUGUGCUAUUCAUAAAUUGUUUA